UACUGACACAUCGACAGAAACUACCAGUAGCGACAGCCCAACAACUACAAGUAAAGACACAUCGACAGAAACUACCAAUACUGACAGUACCGACAACUCAAUCACUCCAGAUAAUAGCACACCAACCAAAUCUGCUAGUACUGACACAUCGACAGAAACUACCAGUAGCGACAGCCCAACAACUACAAGUAAAGACACAUCAACAGAAACUACCAGUAGCGACGCCAGUAGUGACAGUACUACAAAUACAAGUACCAAAUCUACUAGUACUGACGACAACCCGACGAGUACAAGUGAUAAUCAAUCAACUGAAUCUACUUCCGCUUCCUCAGCGAAUAAUGACAAUACUGACGGUCCAACAAGCACUAGUAGUGAUAAUAGCAACAGCCCAACAGCUACAAGCAAAGGCAAAGACAAAGAAUCCACCAGUACUGACACUACCAAUACAAGUACUAGUGACAUGCCGCUACCUUCGGUGGGAAGUAUCACAUCGUCCACCCCAGAGAUUACGCCCCCACCCGAAGAUAGCACGACAGUCGAAACUCUCACAACUGAGUCAUCUUCAGACAAGUCUACAGACAAACCUACAGACACGAUCACGUCGAGCCCUAGCUUGCCAUCUUCUGCGACACCCACAGAAGAGUCUAGUGUAGAUGAUACUCCCACGUCUGUGCCGACCGCAUCCAGUACAGGCUCCCCUGCGCAAACAAGCAGUUCAGAAGUAUCAGUUGAGCCUACUUCGGUAGAUACUUCGUCUAAUGAUAACAGUCAAAUCACCUCCACGACGAUGGUGGCGGGGCAAUCUCCAACAGCAUUACCUUCAGACAAUAAUUCCAUUACCGAUGGAACACCGUCAUCAUCUACACCUUCAACAAGUAUACUUGACGUUCCCACAAAUGAUAUCCAGUUGCCAUCACCACAGCCUGGGGUUGAAGUGACUCCCACAACUACAAAUUCUAAUUUACCGGACAUGAUCCUCCCCUCAGGCGUUGUCGAACCGCCGGAGGGUGGAGGAAUAUUGGGUUCUCAAAUUGCUGUACUGUUACCUCAGGAUAUUGGUAAAGCUGUCGACAUACCAGCAAGUUCUGUAAUAGUUCUUUCGGAAAAUAAUGAUAAUGGAGCUGUCGUGUUGAAACUUUCUAUUCCUGAGAAUAGUUUUGGUGAUGUGAGCAAUGCUAUUAAAAAUCCCUCAAGUAAGUUGUAUACCGAGGGCUCAAAGUUUACUCAAUAUUUGGAUACAACAUACCCACUUAGCCCCCCGAAUCCUGAUUCAGUUACCAGUGUUACGGGUCCGAGCGACGGUGGAAACGCAGAUAUCUCUAAUGGAAAUGAUACCCCAGGUUCCAGCGCAAUAAAUGACAGUGCCAACGCAGGAUCUGGUCACAGAGCCUUGGUAGUGGUCUUGGCUGUCGGACUUUCUACGUUCUUAUAUGCUGGACUAACUGCACUCGUAAUUCGAGCGUACAAGAGGAACAAAGCUCGUGCUGGUCACCGCCAAACGGAUUACACGUACGGUCCGGCUAUUGCAUCACCAAUGAUGCGAGAGACUGUCCUGACUUGA